AUGUCGAAGACCACCACUACCCUCCCGCCCCUUCACACAGUCCUCACACCCACCCUCUCCAUCGCCUACCACGACACGAACCCAGAUGCCACCUCCGACACAACCUCCGCACCACCCAUAAUCCUCCUUCAUGGCUUUCCCUAUACCGCACACCAAUACGCCCGUACUACCGCCCACCUCCUCAACGCCGAUCCCUCACUGCGCAUUAUUAUUCCCUACCUCCGCGGCUACCACCCCACACGCUACCUCCGUCCCACCACCCUCCGCUCCGGCCAGCAAGCCGUCCUCGCCCAUGACCUCCUCCAAUUCAUGGAUGCUCUUUCCCUCGAGAACGCCAUCCUGGCAGGCUAUGACUGGGGCGGACGCGCCGCAUGUAUCGUCGCCGCACUUCAACCCGAGCGGGUUGCUGGGCUGGUGAGUUGUGGCGGGUACGCGAUUCAGGAUGUCGCAAAGGAUGCGGUCGCUGUGCCGAGCAGUGUUUCGGGGGCGAGCGGGAGUGUGGAGGCGUUGAGGAAGUUGUGGUACCAGUUCUACUUCAACACGCCGCAAGGGGAGACUGGGCUACGGGAGAAUCGGGGCGCGAUUUGUAGGUUCUUGUGGGAGACGUGGAGUCCGGAUUGGCGGUUCACUGAGGAUGAGUGGGCUGAGUCGCUGGAGGUGUUCGAGGGUGCUGGGGAGGACUUUGUGCGGACGGUGAUACAUAGCUAUCGGGUCAGGUAUGACAAUGUGCCUGGAGAUGACGAUCCAACGGUGCAGGAGUGGGAGAGGAAGUGUGCAGAGCGGCCAAAGGUCAAGGUGCCCACGGUGAAUUUCAUGGGCAAAAGCGAUGGGGUGCGGGCGUUUGAGGCAGAGGACAAGGGGAGGGAUAUGUUCACGGGGUGGUAUGAAAGGGUUGAUCUGGAUGCCGUGGGUCACUGUCCGCCGGCUGAGGCGCCGAAGGAAUUUGCGGAUGGCAUACUGAAGUUGCUGGAUGUAAUGCUGGGAAGGGAUGGGUGA